AUUCGCUCUAUCAUGCAAGACAUAGCUUUUCGUGAAAAAUGGCUAGUUUUUGCCUUAUAAUAGUUAAUUAGAACGUAAUUGAUUAUGUUAGUUGACUUGUAUUUGAAAGUCGUGUAAAGUAGUUCGAAAAACUUGGGAAGAAAAAGAAAAUAGCAAUUAAAUAGAGCAAAAUCUUUAAAGAUAGAUCAUUUCUUGAUCGCUGUAUAUUUUGAAGUUUGGUCGUAUAAGUUUAUAAACAUAAAAAAGAUAAAAACACAACAUAAACUAAAAGCAAUCUGAAAUUAUUGUCAAUAGACAUAAAUAAUAAGUGAUAGUUUCAAAUUUGGAAAUAAUAAAAUCAUUAAUAUUAUAAUAUAUUUAUAUCUACUAUAACCGUUUGUGCAAUUACUGUAGAGGAUCAUAAUGAAAUUAUUGUCUAAAAACAUUUGAUUAUUCAGUAUUUGAACUGUUGAAAUUUCAUUAAAUUAUUUAACCAUCAGAUGAUUGUUUCAUUGUUUACUUUCACAGUUAUUUAUCAUGUGAUGCGGUGCUAUCUUCUAUAAAUAAACAUGUCAGUCACCUUUAUUUGCGUGACCCGUCCGCUAUCUUCUCACUAUAAUAAUACACGAAACAAAUGAAUACUAGUCACUUGAUUAGCGUCUACGGUUCGGUAUCUUGAUUUUUAAAUGGCGAGAGACCUUGUUAUACUGGCUUAUUCUGGGGGCCUAGACACCAGCUGCAUUUUGAAAUGGUUAAUCCAGAAAAAAUACGAUGUUGUCUGCUAUAUGGCUGACAUUGGCCAAGACGAGGAUUUUGAGAAGGCUAAGCAGAAAGCUCGAUCUAUAGGCGCUAAAGACGUUAUAGUAGAAGACCUGCGAGAUGAGUUUAUUAAGAAUUACAUGCUUCCUGGAGUCCAGAUGGGAUUGGUUUACGAAGGUCGUUAUUAUUUGGGUACAUCAUUAGCCAGACCGUGUAUCUCCGUUGGAAUAGUGAACGCUGCCAAAAAAUUAGGUGCAAAGUACAUAUCGCACGGAGCCACUGGUAAAGGAAAUGAUCAAGUUCGUUUUGAAUUGAGCGUGUAUUCACUAUGGCCAGAAGGCAAGGUUAUCGCACCAUGGCGACUUCCAGAGUUCUUCAACCGAUUCCAAGGCAGAAGCGAUUUAAUCGAAUACGCUAAAAAAGAAAAUAUUCCAGUAUCAGCUACACCAAAAGCCCCUUGGUCUACGGAUGAGAAUAUAAUGCAUAUCAGUUAUGAGUCGGGGGUUUUGGAAGACCCCGCUGCAAUUCCUCCUGCAAAAAUCUACAAGAUGACGCGUGACCUUCCACAAACUGAAGAUUAUCCCUGUGUUAUUGACAUCAACUUUGAAAAAGGAUUACCAGUGUCGGUGCAAAUUCCAAGCGGUCACGAGAAAGCCCUUCUUAUCACCAACGUAGUAGCCAUGGUGGAAACGCUGAACAAACUAGGCGGACAACACGGCGUGGGUAGAGUCGACAUAGUCGAAAACCGCUUUUUGGGAUUAAAGUCAAGAGGACUAUAUGAAACUCCAGCAGGUACAAUAUUGCACGUCGCACAUGUUGAUCUUGAAGCUUACGCACUCGACAGAGAAGUCCUGAGGUAUGUCAUCAUCAUCAUCAUAAAGCCUAUUAGUUUUAAUGUCCCCACUGCUGGGGCGUAGGCCAUCCCUAUUAAAAUACAACAAAUACUUAUUGCAUUGACAAAUUGUGUAUUGCAAAUAAUCACUUCUACCUUCACAAAUAAUUCAGGAUAAAGAAGUAUCUACAAGACAGGAUGGCAGAUUUUGUGUAUAAUGGAUUUUGGUUUUCUCCCGAAGCAAACUAUACUAGGAAGUGUUUGGAACAAUCUCAAGAUUUAGUGAAUGGCAGUGUGACGGUGCAGAUAUUCAAAGGAAAUGUAACAAUAUUAUCAAGAAAAAGUUUAACAAGUUUGUACAACCAAGAAUUGGUGUCAAUGGACGUCUCUGGUGGGUUUUCUCCUGAAGAUAGCACCGGCUUCAUCAAUAUCAAUGCCUUACGUCUCAAAGAAUAUGCUAGAUUUUUAAAACAAACCAAAUUAGAGGCUGAGCAUGAGUGAGGCUUACUGCAAAAAUAUAAGUAAAUAAACUAAUUAUUCCAUACAACACUUAUUAUUUCUAACUCAACCAAUAUAAUAAUAAAACAAUCCGGUCAGUCAAUCUAGACAUUCAUAGGUACAUAAAUUUACAUCUAGCUAGAAGUGAGUAAAAUUGUUGUAAACAUAAUUAAAAAUAACAUUUCAAAAUUCCCCAUCGUUCCAGUACUUGGAAAUAAAUUGAGUCGUGGUAGAAGGUCAAAAAAGUUGGGUUUUUCGAUUUUCACCAAAACGGUAAGUUUUUGUCGUAAAGUUACCUUAGACAAAAACUUGAGAAGAUAAAAGUAUCUAUAAACAAGUUAUCAUAUUUUUUUCCUAAGAGGCAUCGUUACUAACGAUUUAAACAAAUUGUAAGCGUCUUAUUAUGCAUAAGUACGUCACUUAUAUACAUCUCUGUAGCUGUAAUAUCAGUAAAAAUAUUUUCCUAUUGGUGAUUGUAAUUUACAUUUAAAAUAUAAAAUAUACACAUAGGUAUAACUAUGAGAAGAUCGGCUAUUGCGCAAGUUGCUUAACUUCAGCGUUCGCAAACCGAACGUGCGAACCACUUGCGAUAUCGAAGUCCCAUCAUUUUUAUUAUUAACAAAACUAUACUCUUUUUUAAAUGACGCUAUACUUAAAACUAUAACAACAUUAGGCAACAAAACUAUAACUGAUAUACUUGUUAGAAACUCUUCCCCUAUUGUACCUUUACUCAUCACAAAAAAUAUCAUUAAUAUUUUUUUUGGCUUGGCGUCUUUAUAACUUAAAUUUUUGGAAAAAUUACAGACACCCACUGGUCAAAGACAACGACCAAAACUGACAAAUUCCUUCAACCGAUUAUGAUAUUGGUGGUGCAUGGUGCUUAAUUUAAAACACGUGAUGUGGAUGCAACUUUCUGCACAUGAGAAAGCAUUUUACAACGAUAUUAGAAAUCCUGGAUACAACAUUCGAACAACAUCGUGGCGGAAAACUGUCCAAAAGGUACAUUGGGCGAUCCACUAAGCUCCGUGGGAUGAUAGCGUAGUCAAAACAAUAUAAAGCAUUAUUUAAACAUUCACCGCCUUAUUUAUAAACGGAGAAUAAGCUUAGGUUGUCCAAUUACAGAGCAUAAUGCGACUCAGUGGAGCACAAUGCCGAAUUAUGCUGAUGCUUAAUUGGAACGUGAAUUAGUUUUAAAAUGCACCAGCAGAGAGCGCUAACGCUAAGUUCAGUGUUGAAAAAAAAGUCAAUGUUUGUACCUUCAUCCAUACUUAUAUUUAUUUAAUAAAACUAGUUUUUACGGGUUAAUGCACGAAACUUUAUUUAUUUAUUGACGUUUCGUAACCUUUACAGGCUUCGUCGUCAGAAUCAAACUUUUAUUUUAUGAGAGAUGUGCGUGAAAACCUAAGAAACAAAUUAUAUUUAUUUUUUUAACAAAGUUUGAAUUAACUUUGAUUAUUUAAAAAAAAUACCUACUAUAAUGAAACGAAAGCUUUAAUAAUUUUUCAACAAUAAAUAAUAUUACUAACGAUAACAUAUAAAUAAAUCAUUUCGAUCAAUGCCAACUUAAAGAAAAAACACUUGUUAAUUUUCUGUGACUAUGUUGGUACGAUUGCACGCAUCACACGAAAGCAUUACUUUUGAGUCUCAAUUGUGCGAAGCGUUGCUGUAGUUGGAACAUUCAACGUUAAGCAUUAUGCCGCAUAAUGCGCUCUAGUGCCGUAAUUGGAAAACCAUCUUAGACUACUUACGCCGUGUUUUGAUCAUAUCACUCAAAUGUCAUUUAUUGUCAUUCAAUGAACAGGGACAAAACAGAGUAUAUAAUCCAAGUUUAUUCUUUGCUUAUUAAUUUGUGAGUCACAAUUAAUACAUAGUACAUAAGGACUUAAUUUAAAGUUCGAAUAUAGACAUUAUUUCUAUGACUUAAAAUCUUAAUUCUGAAUGCACUGUUAGCAAUAUAUCAUGUACGGAGCGCGAGAGAAACAUAACCAAGCGUCCAUUUGAAUAUCAAAAAUAUUUUCUAUUAAAUCAGUUUAUAGUAAGUAUUAUUGAUUAGAUGCCUGUCGAAAAAACGACACUACCUACUACGCGUGUGACUGUGAACUAAGAAGUGCUUGAGUGGAGUUCAAGCACUUCUUGAUAGGGACACAUUUUGAGCGCACGUGGUGUAUCUAGGAUAUUUAAUAUCGUUGUUGAGAUAAAUUUUCGGCGCAUCUGGUGUAUUUUAAAGGGUUUUUAAUAUCGUUGGUAUUUUAUAACAAUAAAAUACAGCACUAAGGCUAAGUGUCGGAGCUUGCGUUGAUUACGUUACUAAUCAUCCGUCCCCUGGAGAAGCGUAGCGGGAGACGGAGUUGAUCGAUCCCACUUGUUUUGUCUAAGUUAUACGGGGUGUUUGGAAGAUGAGUGCAAAGCUUUAAAGGAAAGCUAACAGAGAUCAUUUAGAAACAUUUGAGCCAUACUUG